AGCGCGGCUGGGUACAGACAUCUACUGACGAGGAGUGGAACUUCUACUGUUGCCCCAGUGCGUCGUGCCGCUGCCCGAGACCGCCUCAUGGUCAGCCCAGAAGUGGCUGAAACAGUGUUGAUCUAACGUGACUGUCCGUGCGCCUGGGGAGGUGAUCAGACUGUGGGCACACAAUACUACAUAACUGUGGUUCCUGCUGCCCACCCACGGUGACAGUGGAUGAGCGUGCAGACAAUUCGAAAUGUUUUCAGCAUUGAAAGUGGCUACCGUCUGAACGAUGACCAAAUUGUGAACCACUUCCCCAAUCACUAUGAGCUGACACGGAAGGACCUGAUGGUGAAGAAUAUCAAGCGGUAUCGGCGUGAACUGGAGAGGGAUGGCAGUCUGCUGGUCGAGAAGGAUGAAAAUGGCAAACACAUUCACUUGGAUUUUAUCCCAGUCACCUUUAUGUUACCUGGUGACUACAAUUUGUUUGUCGAAGAAUUUCGGAAGAAUCCAACAAGCACGUGGAUAAUGAAGCCGUGUGGAAAAGCCCAAGGAAAGGGCAUUUUUCUCAUCAAUAAGCUCUCCCAGAUCAAGAAGUGGUCGCGGGACAGCAAGACCACUACGUUUAUAUCUCCGGCUGGGAAGGAGGCUUAUGUCAUUUCCUUGUACAUAGACAACCCGUUACUGAUAGGUGGAAAGAAAUUUGAUUUACGGCUUUAUGUGCUGGUGACCUCUUAUCGACCAUUAAAAUGUUACAUGUACCGGCUGGGAUUUUGCCGUUUUUGCACAAUGAAAUAUACACCGAGCACCAGUGAGCUGGAUAACAUGUUUGUGCAUCUUACAAAUGUGUCUGUUCAGAAGCAUGGAGGUGACUAUAAUCCAAUUCAUGGCGGUAAAUGGUCAGUGAGUAACCUGCGGCUGUACCUGGAGAGCACCCAGGGGAAGGACGUGACCGAUAAACUUUUUGAUGACAUUCACUGGAUAGUCGUUCACUCCCUUAAAGCUGUGGCACCUGUAAUGAUCAAUGAUCGACACUGCUUCGAAUGCUAUGGUUAUGACAUUAUCAUUGAUGACAAGCUGAAGCCCUGGCUCAUCGAGGUUAAUGCUUCCCCCUCACUCUCGUCCACUACUGCCAAUGACCGGAUCCUGAAGUACAAUCUCAUCAACGACACCUUAAAUAUUGUUGUGCCAAACAGCGAGAUACCAGACUGCAAGUGGAACCGAUGUCCACCCAAAGAAGCCCUUGGUCACUACGACUUCCUGUAUGAUGAAGACCUGGCCCAGGCUGAGGGGGUCGAGUGUGAGGGCAGGGCACGGAUUGGGCCCUUAGUGAAUAAAGGCAGUCGGCUGAAGGAUGUCAGGAAACCCUUUUCCACUUGGAAAUAACAUGAUUCCUUCACUCAGUUUCAGUACAGGAUAUUUGAUAUUUAAAUAAGAUGUAUUUAUUAAUAUUUGUUUCCCAUGUCCACAGAAUACAAAGGGCAUUCAAAUUCCAGUAUUAACCUUCUUGAACUUGUACAACCUAUUGAAGGGCUUUGCCAGAUGAAAUCACCCUGUACUGUACUUGCAUCAGUACACGUGAUAUUCCUCGGCCUGUAUGAGUACAGUAUUGGGCAAUCCAUUCCUGCUGAAUACAAGGGAUCAUUGGAUUAAAUGAUCCUGCCAGGUGCCAAUGUUGCAAAAAUUCAAGUUAUUGGUACUGACUAGACCAGAGCUGUGGAAUGUGUAACAAGAUAUACUAUAUGUACCUUUGAUACUACAGUAAACUGAUAACUUGA